AUGCAAUACUUCCAGGUGUUCUCUGAUAAUACGGAUGGUCUUAUGCUGUUAUGCGAUGUUGCACUGGGCAAGGUGAAACAAGAGAUCAAUGCUGUUGACCAUUCACUGAAGACAAUCAAAGGCUACAACAGUGUGCAGGGUUUGGGCGGAAUGGAGCCCGAUCCUACUCAGUUAGUUGUGUGUGAGGAAGGGUACUCAAUAAACACUGCAAAGCCUGUCAAGACGGACAGUUCGAAGAAUCGCACUUUGCUCUACAAUGAGUACAUUGUUUACGACGUCGAUCAAAUUUGGAUGCGUUAUCUUGUCCGCACAAGGUUCAAGAUGUCCACGACUUUUGCAUAA